GAAAAAAUCAUUAAAAGCGUUCCUUUUAUUCAAAUGAUGCAGCUAAUUUUAAAUGGAGAUUGUGAGCAAACAGCCGAUGAAAUACGAUAGAUACAAAAUGAUCUUUGGGAAAGAUGUCAUUCGUUUCUCUGUCAUGAACUUUUUUUUUCUUUAUGCCAUUUUUGGAAAUUCCGGAGAUAGCGAACACUCAGCACGAAUGGAAUAAUGAACUCCUUUGCAAAAGACGUCCACCUAUUUUGGCGGUAGGUUUUUUACCCUUGACGUUUAUGGAUAAAGAUACCACGCAGUCGGCUUCCUCUUCUUGGACGCGAUCUGAGCUGCAAAGCGGUCUUCAUCUGUUGACCGAUCUGGAACCCACCGUCAAAGUACGUACACCGUCGGUGCCUUCGGAUGAAAUACAGUAUUAUCCAAGGCUUACUGGAUCCAACUGGACCUGUUAUAUUACGGGGGAUUCUGCGGUGCUUGGACGUUCUACAGAACAGUCUACCCGACAGCGACGACCAGACGUCGACUUUGGUCCGUCCAAGUUGAUCUCGCGUAAGCAUGCAGAAAUACGUUUCAGCAGAUCACGAAAACGGUGGGAAUUGGUAAUUCACGGUGCCAAUGGAGUCACUGUGAAUUCGACAUUGAGAAAACCGCCUGUCAAGGCCAUCCCUCUUACGACUGGUUCAUUGCUAGAAAUCAAUGGUACUCGAUUCAUUUUCAUUUUACCUGCAGAAGCUCAAAACCGACGGCCAGACAGCACCAAGAGUUCCAAUGCAAACGCCACCGCUUCCGAAGCUAGCACACCGCAACAAUGUGUUGACGAAGAUAGCAGUACUUAUGAAUCUAUGAUUGCUGAGAUUCUUGAAUCUGCUGCUGACGGUGUCAAUACCAAAGAUAUUGCUGAAGCCAUGGCGCGACGUGGACCACAAGAGUUCACCGGUGGUAACUUGGCUCCCGUAUUACAAAUCCUCGCUACCAGUUCAAAGUUUGAACUCGCUGAAAACUCGCUUGACAUCCCUGCCGAUCAAGCUGAUUCCAUCGUUUGGCGAUUGAAGCAUGCAUCACCGUCAUCGACCCAACAAUCUACAUCCAAAACAGAAUCCAUUGCAGCCACACCCAAAUCGGUUGCCACCGAUCCACUCACAGAUACUGCCAGCAUGGACGAUUCCAUAAAACCAUCCUCUUCCCAUGUCACUUCCUCCUUUGAACCAACCAGCCCCAAAGCCGACAGCCCGGCAUCGUAUUCUGACAACGUUCCGGAAACUGAAUCCGUCGACGAACCUUUGUCCAGCGAACCGACACCAACUCUCAGUACGCCGUCACCCACGUUGCGAAAGAGAAAGGGUCUUACUGUUGAAGAAACUUAUAUGGUAUGGUUGCAGUUGCAGGAACGGCUGGGACCGAGCAUCAAACGGACAAAAACCACUCAACAUCAAGACCCCGUAACGCCGACUAUGCCAUUAAACAGUGAGUGCUCUCUGAAUAACAAAAUGACAAGGAAUGAAAUGGGACCACCAAUUGACCUCGGUCUUGUAACAUAGAAAAUGCGUGGAGUGAAUUACGCACGACCGACUUCAGCGCGAGGUUGGAGGUGCUGGAAUAACCUGGGAACGCGCAGCAUUCUCCGAAAAUAGCC